AUGAUGAGUAACACCGACAUUAUUAGUGACUUGCCCAAUGAGUUACUCUUAAUGUUUGCCAAGGCGUGUCAGGGCCCUGAGGAUAUUGCGAGUCUUUCUCUCACCAACCAAUUCUUUUAUGACUUGCUUUUUGAGCAAGUCGACCCUGCUAUUGCUGGUUACGCGGCCAUCAAAAGUGUCGACACCGAGUGUAUUUUACGUACGAUGAGGAUUCAUGGACCAGCUGCCAUUGAUCUCGGACUUCAGCAUUCUCAUAGCGUGACGCAGGAGUACGCACUCCAGGCCGUCGUCUUAGCUCAAAACCCGGUUGUUUUCGGUCUUGUUUCCGGUUUCCUCACUUUCGGGCACGUAUGCCUUGAGGAAGUCGUCGACAUGAUGUGCUCGGAGAGGAGACCCCAGAUGUUACACCUCCUGACCCCAUACUUGACCCAGGACCAGCUCCUCUAUUGCUUCCUCUGCGCCGUCCAGGACAACAUCCUUUCCAUUGCUGAUCCAAUAUACCGCUUAAUCGAACCCGAGUACCGUGUCGAUAUCUGUAACCAAGGGCUUCUCACUGUAGUGACCUCAAACCUCUCCGAGGUUCGUCGUUUGGUCAUCGAGGGGUGCUCGGUCGUCAACCGUAAUAGGCACAGACUCCUCCACUUUGCUGUCAGCGUGGGACCUCAAAGCACUUUCAAGUUCACUGCUGUCGACAUGUAUGAGACUGUCCAACUCCUCUGUGCCGGGGGCAUCGAUGUCAACGAGGAAAACGAAAGUGGUCUUACACCGUUACACCUUCUCGCUCGCUUCGGGCCAGAGAGGGUUGGUGGAUUAGGUGAUCGUGGGAUCGCGGACUUCAAAGAUGCUCAUAUCGGCUGUGUUCGAACGAUUAUUCAAUCCGGUGCAAAGAUUAAUCUGAUCGAUAUGAGGGGUUGCACUGCGCUUUGGCAUGCUGUGAGGUCCGGAGAGACUGCGAUGGUGCCUGAGUUGUUAAAGGCUGGUGCUGAUAUGGAGGUUCUUGAUGUGAACGGCGAGAGGGCUGACCAGAUCCCGAUGGGGAGCACUAGAAAUGUGGUUGUGGCUGCUGCUAUGGUUGUCGAUCAUUUGAAGAAGGUUAAGGAGGCGAUCAGAAUGAGGGGAUAG